AUGUCUCUCAUAAAGACAUUACUGAUACUAACUGUUACUAUUGCGCUCAUUGCCACUGCUUUGGGAGAGCGCGGCAAUUAUGGGGGCGGUUCGAGUAGCGCUUCAAGCCAAGGUGGAUCUAGUAGCAGCAAAUCUAGCGGAUAUGGAGGUUCGCCUGGAAGCGGAUCCAGUGGAAGCCAAAGCUUAGGUGGUUCAGGAGGUAGCCGUGGAUCUGGAGAACAAGGUGGAUCUGGCAGUGAAGGUGGAUCUGGAAGAAGCCAAGGGGGAUCAGGAAAUCAAGGUGGUUCCGGAGGUAGUCAAAGUGGUUCUGGUAGUCAAGGUGGUUCCGGCAGUCAAGGAGGUUCCGGUAGUCAAGGAGGUUCUGGCAGUCAAGGAGGUUCUGGCAGUCAAGGAGGUUCUAGCAGUCAACAAGGUUCUGGGAGUCAAGGUAUUUCUGGAAGUCAAGGAGGCUCUGGCAGUCAAGGUGGUUCUGGAAGUCAAGGUGGUUCUGGUAGUCAGGGCGGAUCUGGAGGUAGCCAAGGUGGUUCAGGCAUGCAAGGUAGCUCAGGGGGUAAUCAAGGUGGAUAUGGAGGAAGUCAAGGUGGCUCUGGAGGUAACCAGGGAGGAUCAGGAAGCCAAGGCAAUUCUGGAGGUAGCCAAGGCAGUUCUGGAGGCAGCCAAGGCAGUUCUGGAGGUAGCCAAGGUGCAUCUGGAGGUAGCCAGGGCGGUUCUGGAGGAUCAGGAAGUCUCGGCGGAUCAGGUAGUCAAGGAGGAUCCGGUGGUAGUCAAGGAGGGUACGGUGGUAGUUCUGGUGGAUACGGCGGUCACGGCCAAAAGUCUAGCGGAUAUGGUCGU